UAUAACGCCGAUAAAGCAAUAGUAGACAGUGGAACCACACUGCUCCGUCUGCCCCAGAAAGUCUUCAGUGCUGUUGUGCAAGCAAUAGCUCGCACAUCCUUGAUACAAGAAUUCUCUUCUGGUUUCUGGACUGGUUCACAACUUGCAUGCUGGGAUAAAACUGAAAGACCCUGGUCCUUAUUUCCCAAACUCUCCAUUUACCUGAGAGAUGAAAACUCCAGUAGGUCGUUUCGGAUCACUAUCCUACCACAGCUUUAUAUUCAACCCAUCCUUGGAAUAGGAGAGAAUUUACAAUGCUACCGAUUCGGCAUCUCGUCCUCCACGAAUGCUUUAGUUAUUGGUGCUACAGUCAUGGAAGGCUUCUAUGUAAUAUUUGACAGAGCCCAGAGGAGAGUGGGUUUUGCAGUGAGUCCAUGUGCAGAAGUUGAUGGUUCUCCAGUAUCUGAGAUUGAAGGCCCUUUCACAACAGCAGAUGUUGCAAGCAACUGUGUUUCUAGCAUUUCUUUCCAUGAACCAGUGUUGUGGAUUGCCUCCUAUGCUCUCAUGAGCCUGUGUGGAAUCAUCCUCCUUGUACUGAUCAUCCUGCUCCUUAUUCCACCACGGUGUCAGCAUCGCUACACUGACAACGAUGUGGUCAACGACGAAUCCUCCUUAGUGCGUCAUCGAUGGAAAUGAGAAACUGGAUCGUGAAACCUGGGACUUAAACACAAUGAAGAACAAAGUACUUUGCCAAGGGGAAGAAGCCAAUGCCUCAGUCCUUUCUACAUUCAUUAGAAAUUGCUGUUGAAAUCCCACCAAAUGUCCUUUAUCAUAACUUUUUAAGCUUUAUUUUCUAACACUGAUUCUGAACCAAAGCACUGUUAACCACCUCUUAAGUGCUACGGUACUGGACUUGCUACUGCAGUACAAUGAGCCCUUAUGCUCUGAAUAGUACCUUCUUUAAAAA